CAAAAAAAAACAGCAGGCCUACACAAAAUACAAAAGACAACAGACACAGGGUUAAAACAAGUUUCGCUGUAUGCCGCAAUUUCGCGACCGCGACAUGCAAACUGCUGCUGCUGCCGCGGCCCACCCGAGACCCGAGCUGCACCCGGACGGCGGCGCCAUUCGAAAGCAAGUCCGAUGGGAGUGUAAAUAGUUGCGUAAAAUUGCACGUCGAAGGUGAAACAACGGCCCGAGAACGCCAGUGUGUGUGCGGUGAAAAGCUCUAAAACUCCAAUUCGCGGUUCCCGGAAUGCCCAGUGCCUGGCAGUGGUCAACGCAGCGUACGGCCGGCACCGUCGAGGGCACAAUCCGCAGUCAAAAAGGGCAAACAUUCUCUCUCCAUUAACGACAGCAUCCGUCCGGCAGUGAAAAAUCUUCUCCGUGGCAGACGUCGUCAUCGCCGCACGCUUUCCCGUAGCCCGCCAUUUCCGAGCCUACCGUCCUUGCGGCGGUGCACAAUCAACGAGGAGCGGAACGAAGGACCAAAGCGGGGAAAAAUACCCCCAGGGGAAGCCGAUUGAACCGCCAGGUGAAGAGUAGCGGGACACCCAAGGAGGGAUCAAAGUGUGCGAGAAUAUUUACAAACAUUUUGCCAAACAACCCGUUGCUCUCUGGGCAGUAAUAAGCGUCAGUGUGAAUGGUGACACAGUGCAUGGUGGAAGUGGUGGCCAGCAGUACCAGGUGCCUGAGGAAACAGUGAAUGUGUACCGAGCAGGGUCGCUGAUCUAGCGGAAGUGUGCCCGCUUACGAACGCACCAACCAAAAUUGACGGUGUAAAGUGCGAGCAGUUGUCGUUCUCGUUGUUCCUGCUUUACGGCGCUUUGUUCGACCCCUCUUCCCAGUCACCACGAUCCCGCCCGGCAGGGCCAGCCCAUAACGGCCAGGAUGGCUUUCAACGAGAAAGUCGACCCGGAGCUUAUCUUCACGAAGCAGGAGCGCAUCGGUAAAGGAUCCUUCGGUGAAGUGUUCAAGGGUGUUGACAACCGAACACAGCAGGUCGUUGCUAUAAAGAUCAUCGAUCUUGAGGAGGCGGAAGAUGAAAUCGAGGACAUUCAGCAGGAAAUCAUGGUGCUAUCACAGUGCGAUUCACCGUACGUCACCAAGUACUUCGGGUCAUAUCUCAAGGGCACCAAACUAUGGAUCAUCAUGGAGUAUCUGGGAGGCGGGUCCGCCCUGGAUCUGAUGAAGGCGGGCCUGUUCGAGGAGAUGCAUAUCGCCAUCAUACUGCGCGAGGUCCUGAAGGGUCUGGACUACCUGCACUCGGAGCGCAAGCUGCACCGAGAUAUCAAGGCGGCCAACGUGUUGCUCAGCGAGCUGGGCGAUGUGAAGCUGGCCGAUUUCGGUGUGGCCGGUCAGCUCACGAACACCACGUCGAAGCGCAACACCUUCGUCGGCACGCCGUUCUGGAUGGCACCGGAGGUCAUCAAGCAGUCGAUGUACGACUCGAAGGCCGACAUUUGGUCGCUGGGCAUCACGGCGAUCGAGCUGGCCAAGGGCGAGCCGCCCAACUCCGAGCUGCACCCGAUGCGGGUGCUGUUUCUCAUUCCGAAGAACAAUCCACCCCAGCUUACCGGUAGCUACACGAAGCCAUUCAAAGAUUUUGUCGAAGCGUGCCUAAACAAAGAUCCAGAAAAUCGACCAACGGCGAAGGAGCUGUUAAAGUUUCCAUUCAUCAAAAAGGCGAAGAAAAAUGCCUACCUAAUCGAUCUGAUCGAUCGGUACAAGAAAUGGAAGGCGCAGAAGGGCGAGGAAAGCGAAACCGAAUCGGAAAAUUCAGACUCUGAGGACUCCAAACAAGACAGUGAUCUGGAUGAGCCCUGGAUAAUGACGGUGAAAGGGAUGAAUUUUAAUAACUUUAACAAAAAUGUGAUGGAAGACCCGCUCGGUUCGCCGGUGAAGCACAACGGUACCAGCAACAUCGGGGUCAGCUCGAACCGUGAUAGAGACUACAAUUUAAAUCAACAAAAAUCGAGUCAGCCACGAACGUCCACAUCGCCAUCGCACCAGUCUUCAUCGACGCUGAUUGCAUCCAACAAUGCGGCCAACAACAGCACCACCAGCCCCAGCAUCGUCGAGUCCCGCAAGGAGCGAGACCUGCAGAAUCAAAUCUCGGCGAUGCAGCUGCAGAAGGAGAAGGAAGCGAGCUUAGAACGGCAACGGGAGCACCGCCUGGAGCGCGAGAGCGAAUGGGAGAAGGAUCGCGAAAAGGAGCGUGAGCGGGACCGUGACCGUGAGCGGGAACGCGAACGGGAGCGGGAGCAACGGGACCGUGAACGCGAACGUGACCACCGCGAGCGGAUAGACCGCGACCAUCAGCGGGAGCAGCGGGAGAAAGAUCGUGAUAGUAAGGAGCGGAAACUUGUUGCGUCCGACGGUCUGCCAGGAUCGGGCGGUGAGCCGGAAAAGCGCAGCAGCAGCUUGCGGCGCGAGCGGGACUCGCCCAGCCACAACAACAACACCGGCAGCAAUGGCAACUCGCGCACCAACAGUAUUACGAAUGUAAAUAAUAACUCCAACAAGAGCUCCAGCCGAACAUCGUCCGCGUCGACGGCGAGCAGUGGCUGUCUGAAGGCAAUUAUCUUCCCGCUACUAUCCGAGAUGCAGCGAAGCUAUAGCAGCGGAUCCGACAUGGGCGAUCUGCGGAUCGCGUUCGAGAGCGCGGAACGGAGUAGUCCCGGCGUGAGCGACCUGUUCGUGAAGGAAAUUAUCCACAAGCUAGUACCCGGAUUUUCCGAGACACGAAUCAAUACGCUUAUAGACAAAGUGACACGCGAAUCGAGGAUAAAACGAUAGAUAUUGACGUAAUUUGAUCUUUACCGUAAUUCGAAUCAUGCUUUGUGCCACCUUUGGCUUUGUCUAUAUUGGCAGACGUGGCAGCGUUCUAAACCGUUUAUUCACAUUCAUACACCUUGUUUAAAAUUUGGUAGAACCACUUAUGUUCGGUGGGUGUGUGUUUCAUUCAUUUGUGGUACUUUGCAGCCGCUGACCCGCUCAAUCGGUUUGAUUUGAUGGUCCAUUUGUGCUGUUUCAAAUGUACUUUGUCUUUCACGUGUCCGUCUCCUGAACUAAACUUCGUAACAACUAAUUUAUUCGCUCUUCCGAAACAGACCAAGCAUACUUGAAUGUGUUGAAAAUAGAUACUACCUAUCACACAGUUUUCCAUAUCGGUCGUUUGUUGCCUUUUUAUAUAAUGUUUUCGUUAAUUGAUGUCAUAACGCGAAGAUUUGUUAGCAUCGAAUCUGCGAGAAUUCGUGUCAAAGAUGGCGCAAUGAGAGCCAGGAGCGUAACGAUGAUUGUAGUAAUCUGAUCAAUUAGCACUACCCAGAUUCGUCACGAUCCAUAACACACUGUGCAGCUUGUUUCUCUCUCUCUUAAGGACAGCGUUCAUGUGAAGAGAACCGUAUUACAAGGAACGGGAUUGAUGGUGGUGUUCGGGUAAAGUUGCUUGAUGCAAACACAAUGCAACAGGUAGAGUAUGCAAUCCGAGAAGUGAACAGUGCGAUGCGAUAGGUACAGGAUAAUUAAAAAAGGAAAUUUUAUGACAAUAUUGUCCGGUUUUGCUAUUUAGACUUGUAAGAGCAGAACAAAGAAACCUGCAAACCACGAAUAAAGAUGAAAUACACAAAAUUUAUCAUACUAUCUAUUAUGAAUCACACUGUGGCUACAAUAGUGUAAAGAAACAAUAUGUAACGAAGCAGCGGAACGGAAUGUCGUCACGGAGCACAGAGAAUCAAAAUCGAGCGAAAGUAUGUUGUUUCUUAGGUUCAGUUACAACUUCUACAAACGAAUCUGCCCUCUCCAGACCGAUAGGCAUACUUCUUCGACUGUAAUUAUCUUAAGGUGUCGUUGUAUAUUCAUCCUAUGUUUGAUUAAGAACGGUUGGUAGUGGAGUGUGUAAAAGUAUCCGUUUGAAAAAUCUUGUACAAACUCUGUUUUUUUCAGUUUUUUUUAUUGUGUUUUAUUAAGUUGCGUAAAUUUUGCGGUUUCUGAUCUGAAUUCCAACCUUUUUCCGCGUGUACAUUCGGCGCACAAUUCCUAGUGAACGUUUUGUUGUAAAUAUUUUUUUUAUCUGACCAAUGUUGGACCUUAAACCGGCGGAUCUCUGAAGAUCUCCUUUACCACAUGAAGUGCUCCUGUAUCGAUCUGACAGCCAUAUUGUUUUCUUCGUUUCUUUCUCUUCCUUCUAGACGAUCUUCCAGCACUUCUUCCAAGAUGGCCGUGCUUUAUUAGACCACCUCCUCCAAUGUAACAUUCUAGUGUUUGCUCUUGUUUAUUCUACUUGGCUUUAUCUACUUUUCUUUCUCUCUCCUUAUCUCUCUGCCUCUUUCUUUGAUUUGAUGAUUUCCGAUCAUCCAUUUUGUUACACUUUGAAUGCGUGAAACAUAUUGUUUGUUACUUCGAGGUGUUGCCAUCGGUUUUUCACACGAACGAGUCCAUUUCGUGCAGAACAGUUGAAUGGUUCUACUAACCGAUAUGUUUGUUAGGACCUUUGGUGUACUACGUAGUGUUAAGACCUUUCAACACUACGGAACAACGGCCACGGCCGAAAAAACCAAUGGUGUAACAAUGCAAAACAAGGUUCAGAUUCGUUUUUUUAAAUUAUUAUAAUUCAUCGCGCUUCAGAGACUUUAAUAAAAACAGGCGAGUUGGGUAAACCUCGGUAGACGUUUGCUUUAAUAUAAAUUUGAGUUAAGAACUGUUUUGUGCUUUCGAGCGAUGUGCUAAAUUCAGCAGGUUCGUACAGAGUUCGUAAAAUGCAUGACGAUAAGUGUGAGUAGAGCACACAUAAUGGCCCCCUCACAAACAACUGUGGUAAAGCUAUCAAGGCACGGCAGUCUUCCCAGUCUAGACACAUGCCCGUGCGUAGGUUCGAGAGAUGGAAUCGUUUGGAAAUGAAGAAAUGGAACGUGUUGCUCCAGUUGCUAAUUCGGAAACGCCAGAUACGAACCGAGAUAUCCAAUAUACACUAUAACCCCCUCUAAAUCAGGACGAUUGCCGUUGCAAUCAAUCCCUUUUUGUUGAAAAUAUACAGCCCGUGCAAAAGACGAGUACACCAGAGCCUUCCCCAUGGUGGGAACACAACAGAAACGGAUCGGUUUUCGAAUAUAUGUGUAAAACAAUAGACGAAUGGUAAUAGUAGACAAUUUCAUGCAUUGAUAACGAACCAUAGAUAGCAAUAGUGGGUGGUACGGCAAAGGAGGAAUAGUUAAUAAAUGGUACACUCUAGUUGCAAACAGGCGAUCGAUAGGAGGAGCACCGUGUAACACACCCCAGACUCGCAGCGUAAAACCAAGUCACACAGAAGUGCGGUGAAUGGACACCGGAUCCAGAAUGUAUAAACGAGCACAAGAAUCGGCAAUUCGGCUCGGCAAUGCAGUUUGCUUCGCAGAGCGAGUUGCAAGUAAACGGCGGAUGAAAAGCAUGGAAAACAAUAAAUUAACGUAUGAGAAAACACAUAUUUUAUUAAUACAAAACUACGCUGUCGUCACUUU